AUGGGCGCUAGACCCAAACGGGUCCCUCGCCAAGAUUUUCGCUUAGGUCAGCCCACAAUCGGCUGCAAAACACCCGCGGAUAAUAAGAUUUCGAGAGACUUCGUUACUUCAACACCUCGACGACUACUAACGACAACAGGGUCAAGAUGCUCCCUAGCCUACUUGCCACGCAAGCGUGCCGCCCGUCACCGUGGAAAGGUCAAGAGCUUCCCCAAGGAUGACCCCAAGAAGCCCGUCCACUUGACCGCCUCCAUGGGCUACAAGGCUGGUAUGACCACCAUUGUCCGUGAUCUCGACCGUCCUGGUGCCAAGAUGCACAAGAAGGAGGUUGUUGAGGCUGUCACCGUCAUUGAGACUCCUCCUCUCGUUGCCGUUGGUGUUGUCGGAUACAUUGAGACUCCCCGUGGUCUUCGCUCGCUCACUACUGUCUGGGCUGAGCACUUGAGCGACGAGCUCAAGCGUCGGUUCUACAAGAACUGGUACAAGAGCAAGAAGAAGGCUUUCACUCGCUACACCAAGAAGCACACCGAGAGCAGUGCCGCCUCCGUUACCCGUGAGCUCGAGCGCAUUAAGAAAUACUGCACUGUUGUCCGCCUGCUCGCCCACACUCAGAUCCGCCAGACUCCUCUCAAGCAGAAGAAGGCCCACUUGAUGGAGAUCCAGGUCAACGGUGGCUCUAUCCCCGACAAGGUCGACUUCGCCCACGGUCUGUUCGAGAAGACCAUCGACAUCGACACCAUCUUCGAGCAGAACGAGGUUAUUGAUGUCAUUGCCGUCACCAAGGGUCACGGUUUCAACGGUGUCACUUCCCGUUGGGGCACCAAGAAGCUUCCUCGCAAGACACACAAGGGUCUCCGUAAGGUUGCUUGUAUCGGUGCCUGGCACCCUAACCACGUCCAGUGGACUGUUGCCCGUGCCGGUCAGAUGGGUUACCACCACCGUACCUCGGUUAACCACAAGAUCUACCGUAUCGGCAAGGGAAGCGACGAGGGCAAUGCCUCGACUGAAUUCGAUGUUUCCAAGAAGACUAUUACCCCUCUUGGUGGCUUCGUCCGCUACGGUGAGGUUAAGAACGACUUCGUUAUCGUUAAGGGCUCCAUUCCUGGUGUUAAGAAGCGUGUCAUGACUCUGCGCAAGACCCUCUACCCACAGAUCAGCCGAAAGGCCAACGAGAAGAUCGAGCUUAAAUGGAUCGAUACCUCGUCCGAGUUCGGUCACGGUGCUUACCAGACCCCUGCUGAGAAGCGUGCUUUCGUUGGUACCCUCAAGAAGGACCUCGUUACCACUACUGUUAGUUCGCAGCCUUUCGUGGCCAUUCAUUGCGUCACUCCUCCCGCUCCCAGACUUUCUCCCCGCAGAAGCAAACCAGCACAAUCAAUGUCACAUCUUGCAAAGACAUCCAGAAGGCCUUUUGUUUCCUUGAGUCUGUCACGAAAUUCGAAAUCGCUUACACGACAACCGCUCGCAUUCCCACAGCCCACGAGCUGGUUCCUCUCACCAUCACCACCCUACCUGACCUCCCGUAUACCCAGUGCGCUACGAACAAUGGCUUCGGAUUCGGACUAUAUGGCCUUUCUGGAUAAGGCUAAUCGGCAGCGUGAUGCUGGAAGUAGUCAGGUCGAUACACAAUCAGUUUCUCAGCAACUACGUACGGAGACGGUUGAAACUGGCGUCACAGUGCCCCGAGUGUUGAAGACCGUCAACGCGUUCUACAUCUCAGAAACAGACGAACCUUUUGAGCCUGUGGCGCUUAGCUGGCCUGGCGCAUCAAAAGGGAAGUGGCCAGGAAAUGAUGAAUUCGCAUCUCUUAUAACCGGCUCCAAAUCUACCGCGUCGAAUAUUUCCAGCUCUAUUGAGACAUACUCCGAGACAUCGUUCGAUCCUCAAAAUCAAUAUAGUAGCGUGAUCAAGGCAGUGCGUGCUGCGGCUGCGGCGUCAGACCCCAAUGGCGAUGAGAGCAGCGUCGACGUCAAGAUUUACAGAGUUGAGGUUGGUCAUUCCCGGGCAGAGUACUGGAUUGUUGCACUGGACGCAGCUGAGGGGAAGAUUGUUGGAUUGAGAGCUAAAGCUAUUGAGUCGUGA